AUGGCUUCCGAGGAUGGCAAGAAGAUGAUCACACCGAGGAGCUCGGACGGCCAGGAGUUCAGGUUGGAGAUGGAAGCAUGCAUGAUGUGUGAGAUACUCAUGUUCGUCUUCGACGACUGCGGCACGGAGAGAGAAGUUACUCUACCCAACGUCAAUGGCGAGACCCUGAAAAAAGUCAUCGAGUACUUGAAGAAGCACACAGAAUCCACCUCCAAAGGGCCUGAUGACGACGAGCUCAAGGCAUGGGACGAUGAGUUCAUGAAGGUCGACACGAACACCCUCCACGACCUACUGAAAGUGGGUCCCUGCGCCUUGUUUCAUAUCGAUUAUGGUGGUUUCUUUUCCUCGAACAUUGUGUUGCUUGAUACAUUGUUGGUCUUCUUCUGCCAGGCAUCCAAUUAUUUGAUCAUCCAAGACCUGUUGGAUUUGUGUGUGAAGACAACCGCAGAACUAAUGAGAGGGAAAAGAGUAGAGGACAUCCGUGAGAUCUUCAAUAUAAAGAGUGAUUUCACCAAAGAAGAAGAGGCGGAGAUCGGAAAAGCCAACCGGUGGGCGUUUAGUUGA